GGCGGCGGGCGCGGGCGGGCCAUGGCCCUGCUGCUGUGCCUCGGCCUGACCGCGGCGCUGGCCCGCGGCUGCCUGCACUGCCACGGCAACUUCUCGGAGAAGUUCUCUUUCUACCGCCAUCACGUGAACCUCAAGUCCUGGUGGGUGGGCGACAUCCCCGUGUCGGGCUCGCUGCUCGCCGACUGGAGCCGGGACACCAUGAAGGAGCUGCACCUGGCCAUCCCCGCGGAGAUCACCCGGGAGAAGCUGGACCAAGUGGCGGACGCCGUGUACCAGAAGAUGGACCAGCUGUACCAGGGGAAGAUGUAUUUCCCCGGAUAUUUCCCCAACGAGCUGCGAGCCAUCUUCCGGGAGCAGGUGCAUCUCAUCCAGAACGCCAUCAUCGAAAGCCGCAUUGACUGUCAGCGUCACUGUGGCAUCUUCCAGUACGAAACCAUCUCCUGCCUCAACUGCACUGACUCGCACGUCGUCUGCUUUGGCUACAACUGCGAGUCGUCAGCACAGUGGGAAACAGCCGUACAGGGCCUCCUCCUUUACAUAAAUAAGUGGCACAAACAGGACACCAAAACAAGAACCACUCCAGCCUUUCUGAUAUCACCAAGCUUCACAUGUCUUGAGCCCCCACACUUGGCCAACCUGACUCUAGAAAAUGCUUCCGAGUGCCUGACCCAGCACUGAUGACCACCGGGUUUGCCAGAGCGGCCCUAGCCUUGAGGUGGAGCCAGACUCAGCUGGACUGUCCCAGCCUGACCCCAUGGAGCAGGCCUGCCGCUGCCUCGAGCCCCUGCACUCCCAUCAGAGCCUGGGGCUGGGCCGGGAGCAGUGUGUGGCUUUGUCGGGCGGGGUCACAGAGCUAUUAGA